UGUGCCACUUUCAGGUCUCCUCACACACUGCUGGUGUGUUCCAUUUUUUGUCAUAGGGUGCUGGCAGAUUACGGGCCUCCCAUUGCUGCUGCCAGGCCCGUAAUCUGCCAUGGGCCCCAGUACCGCCUCCUCAUGCUGCUGCCAGGUCCACAGUCUCUCAUGGGUCCCUGUACGGCCUCCCAUUGCUGCUGUCUCCAUCGCCACACUCUGCCAUGUGCCACUUUCAGGUCUCCUCACACUGCUGGUGUGUUCCAUUUUUGUCAUAGGGUGCUGGCAGAUUACGGGCCUCCCAUAGCUGCUGCCAGGCCCCUAAUCUGCCAUGGGCCCCUGUACCGCCUCCUCAUGCUGCUGCCAGGUCCAGAGUCUCUCAUGGGUCCCUGUACGGCCUCCCAUUGCUGCUGUCUCCAUCGCCACACUCUGCCAUGUGCCACUUUCAGGUCUCCUCACACACUGCUGGUGUGUUCCAUUUUUUGUCAUAGGGUGCUG